UGUAAAUGCUUUAAUAAUUUUAUAUUAAAUUACAAAUAGUAUUAAUCCAUAAUAUAAAAUGGAUAUUAAUGUUUCACAAAUCGGAGAUUUAAUAAGUGAAGGAAAGACUAAAAGGGUAUUUCACUUUAAAAAUGACGGCUCUUUCGGGACAGACAGCGAAUUGGUUUACAUUACAAACAAAGACAAUAUAUCUGCCGGGGACAACAGUCGGAACCGACGGAUAAUGGAUGGAAAGGGAAGGAUAACCGUUGAGACGAGUUCUUCGAUAUUCAAGUUUUUCAAUGCUGUCGGACUUAACACAGCGUUUGUCUGCAGAGACAACAACUCCGACAACUCGUUUGUGGCCAAACACUGCCUUAUGGUUCCCAUUGAGCUCGUAGUCAGACGUAUAGCUACGGGCACUUUCCUGGCUCUGAAUCCGGAUAUCCCUGAAGGCCAUCGAUUUGAGUCACCGGUAGUGGAGAUCCACAUUAAAGACGACGCCAAUCACGACCCGUUGUGGUCUAUCGAGACACUCGUUAAGCAAAAAUUCAUAAUCAAUGGCCUAUUGGUUGAUGAGGUAGUGGUCGACAAGAUAUUGAAAUUAGCGAAAUUGGUUUAUGAGAUACUGGAAAGAGUGUGGCAUUCAAUCGACUAUCAAUUGGUUGACGUGAAGGUAGAGUUUGGUGUAAUCUGUGACGAGAACCACAAUAAGACUCUAGUGUUGGCCGACAUUAUCGACAACGAGACCUGGAGGUUAUGGCCGUUUGGCGACAAGAAACAGAUGGUCGAUAAGCAGAUCUACAGAGUGUACAAAGAGGGCGAAGUGGACGACAAGAUUAUAGAUCACGUGAGAAAUGUGUUUCAAAACGUCUCAAAUUUGACGCAAAAGUUAUUUGGUUUACAAAAACAUAAAUUAGAUUUUCUCACAAAAGAGUCAAUUAUUGUAUUGACUGGAAGUGAGAGUUGUAUUCCUUUGGCCAACAAUUUUGUCAAACAAUUGGAGACUGAAUUCAGUAAGAGAUUUGUGUUUUAC